AUGCUUAUCGAUACCCAGUUCGUUAUCGUUCGUAAUGUUACAUUAAUCGAACUCUAAUCAAUACGGUCGUAUACGUGACGAUUGUUCGCUGUGCGAUAACAAAAGGUAAAUAAAGCGAAUGAGAGAAUACAUUAUUCACCGAUCACCGUUCACCGCUGAUUUUUCCUUGACACUAAUUCUAAACGCGAGGGGUAAAUUAUAUCAAUGCCAGAGGAACAGGAACUUGACAUAUGUCUAUUACAGAUGACUGUGUCGAUUGUCGAUAUAGUAUAAAAGAACAAAAAACAAAACAAAUUACAACAUUGUGAAGUAUAAUUAAUAUUUGCUCCUCCUUAUCGUCGUUUGGUUUUCUCACACUGUGUCGAUGCUGCAGAUUCUUCUGAAUUACAUACAUACAUAUAAUGUUCACCCCGUAGACGCGCCACGCCGCUGGUGCAACACUGCAGAUAAGCAGCUCGGCAGCCAUAUUGAAUCUUAGUUUGUAAAAAGUUUUGAUUUCUUACAGGUGGCAGUGAAAACACUGCCUGUACUAUGUAAUAGAGUGUAGGCAGUUAGGCAGUUGUAGGUGUAGGUUGUAAUUUGCUUGUAUUGUAGAUAGCCCCCUGGAGGACGCUGCUCUGCGCAGUAUGUAUGUAAUCGAAUAAUUUUUGCCGCUACGUAUACUACAUAUUUAUGAAACAUAUGACUACAUAUGUACAUAUGUAUAUGACACGUUCGGCAAGAAUCAUUGCGUGUGUAUAACAUGCUCUAAAAUUAUUAACGCACUGUUUACUGUGUUUUCGCACGAUUAUUAAACAUUUUUAUACGAAGGUAUAAUGGCAUCGUUAAACAUCAGCGAAAAGUUAUCCGAAGUUUUGGAGUUGUUUCUGUUGCAUCCUGACUAUAAUAUUGUAUCUACCAGUUAUCUCGAUCUUUUGUUAACCCAUAUUUCUGAGAUCAUAAAAGAACCUAUUAUAGAUGAACAUUGCGUGCCAUUACAAAAUUGGGUAUUAAAAUCAUUAGAUAUUUGGAGCGCAAGUGGAAAACCUUCGCAGCCUAUAAGCGUAUUUGCUUUGAAACUUGUGGGACUUAUGUCUCGUAACGAGAUACAUUUUCAUUAUUGGAUGUCUCAGAAUGUAUAUGAUAGAUUAUGCGAUAUAUUUGAAUUUCGACAAAACAAUGUAGCAUCUUCGAUUAAAAUGGCUUAUAUUACGAUGCUACUAGACUUGAUUCAACAUCGAAGCGGCAGACAAUGGGUUAUAGAUUCUGAUGUUUGGAAAGAUGUUGUGAAUUAUGCACAUUGGAACCACACCAUGUAUGUCACACGCGAAAGCCAAAAGCUUCUGUGUCUUUUACUUCUAAACGAACAACAUAACAUUGCUUUUUGCAAGGAUGUUAUUUCGGCGAUCGCCGCACCAUUAAUGACCAACAGUUUUGAAUCUCAGGUGUGGCAGAAGUUGGAAGAUAAUUAUUUAGAGCAGAAUAAGAUAUUGUGUACUACGUUAGAUUUAUUGACUAAUCUCAUCGAAAAUACAUUAUUUGCAAACAUGGAUAACACCGUACCAGAAUUAUGUCAAGAAGUUAUUAAUUUAGACGCAAGAGUAAAAGCCCUUUUCGAAGCUUGUCUCGGUACAAAAUUUUUGUUCCACGUACAUAAGCUGUUGGUUCUUUGUUUAUUCGUUCCAUUGAAACGUGCUCUCAGAGAAGGACAGGAAACGAUCGAUGCUGAAAUAUCACAAAAAUUUUGUUACGAUAUGUGUUACACGUCUAUGAUGUUACUAUCGAAAAGGUAUAUUACAGAGAUUGUGAAAACAAACAAGUUUUUAAUGAUUUACUGGAAGAAACUUCAAUCGUUGCAUGAAUUCGUUCUGCCGCAACAACACAAGUUCGAACAUCAAUUUAUAAGCAUAAUGAUCAUACCCUUGGCAGUAUGCGUGAAACAGGCAUAUAUAUCUCAUGAUCUAUUCGACAUGUAUGUAAAUAAAAUGUGCGACGUGACGUGUACAGCGGUACAGAGGCUAGCAUAUAAUAUAAGAGACACCGUAUAUAAAAAUGAAUUACCUCUGGCACAUAUUUGUAAAGUAUCUAUCGAUAUAAUACUAGAAAUAACUGACAUCAUGGACAGGGAUAUUGCGGUAAUUACAUUUCAAACAUUGUGCCAUGUACUCAAGAAUUUUGUGCCGGAUGUUUGCAAUGAACUAGAUAAUAUAGAAGCGAAUGGUAUAACAAAUUCACAAAAUGGUUCAAAGAAAACCAUACUUGUAUCUCCUUUGGAGGGAAAUCCUAUAGUUGAUCAUCCGACACUGUUAGCGUCGCUUCUCAACGGUUUGGCAGUGAUGACAGAAAAAUUUAAGUUGAAGUGGCGAGAAUGCGUGGAAACCAUAUGUUUGCUAUACCUUGGUCAGGAAAUUUUAAAUCACUCAGGAAUUACACCUGUGAUCUCCGUGAAAGCUUUAAAAGUAUGCAAAUUGGCAAUUCAAAACUUUAUGCCCCCUAAUUUAGCUCUGCUCGUUGAAGCAGACAGCCAUAUGAACGAAAUAGGACCAACUCUUUUUAAAAGAUUGCAUGACGUUAACUGGGAAGUAAGGGACAGCGUGUUAGAGGUUUUAAACACUAUUGCUGCAAUUUCGGAAUGUAAAUAUCCUGCUUUCCAAGACUUUUUAUUAACUAAUAAGUUUCUACAAGUGGGACUCGAUAUUGCUAAAACAGACAGUGAAAGUUACGUUCGAGCGUCUGCUUUAUCGUUCAUCUCGACUACCGUUCGAAUACACAAACUAUGGGAAGAACAAUUAUCACAGCUCAAUUUACUGGAACAUGCGAUAGAGUUACUUAACAAUGAAAGCGAAGCUAUAGUUAGAAAGGAAGCUGUGAUAUUAAUUAAGGAAUUAUAUGUCAACUAUAAAUGGCCGAAAGAUGUCGUCGAUUCUAUGACACGAACAAUGUCAACAGCCGCAGUCCUUGACCUCCAUUGGGAAGUAAAGACAAGUGCUCUCGAAUUUUGGGAACAUUUUAUAAAGACGCAUCUGUCCGAUCAAGGGGUGCUCGAUGGUCAUUUUCCAACGGUAACAUUCUCUAAAGAACAUAGAAAAAUUGUGUCGUUAAAUGACACUGAAAUAAAACGAAGACUUAACAAAGCCUUAGAUGAAUUAGCAAAGCAAAAUUGUUUAGGGGUUCUUUUGAUUACUUUAGAAAAUGACAGUGACUUUGAAGUAUGCAAGACAUCGGCAGCUAUAAUAACUAAAUUGAAGACAUUCCUUUUAAAGUACAAACUCGACGAACCUUUACCAGAAUUGCUUCCACCUAAAGACUGUGCUAUAUUAGAUUCUUCUUAUGUAAAACCUGACGGAAAUAAGAUUGCAAAUUCAAAUUCUGAGAAGAGGUUUUGCAAUUCCACUAAUGUUAUCGAAGAAAUUGUCGAUGCCAACGACACGAAUCUGUUAGCAUCUAUUUACGAAAAUUCGAUGAAAAUGAACGAAAAUGGUGAACCGCAAAGUACGGAAGAGGAAAAAACAUUCCAGUUUAUUUCUUGCGUGUCCAGGCAAUCUUUCCUGCAAACGAUUUUUAAUUCAAACAUCGAUGCUAUCAUCGAAGAAAAACAUCGAUGGUUGACCACGUACACUACCAGCUUUGAAUCUAUGUUAGACGACAUAUUGACGGUAUAUAAGCAGGAAGACGUCAUUCCGAUGGAUUGUUACUGAUUGAGAAAAGAAUGUGCCUUAGCAGUCGCGUGUAUAUAAAUAUCUACUGUAUGCAGCUUUUCAUUUAUACGUUAUCUUUAAAACAGUCUAAUUUCAUUUGUUCUUCAUGAUAUCAUUUUAUAUCGAGUCGUACAUUCUACAUUCAACACUCUACAAGCGUACGGAGGGAAUUAUAAUGAAAACGGAACGAUCAUUAUAAGAUAUACAAUUUAUUCGAUGUACAAAAAUAGAGUUUGUUGUGUACAUAGACGUGAUUAGCUGGAAUAAUUUAACGCAUAGUACUUUUUACAUAAAAAGAAAAGUUUUAAGACAUUUUAUAGUCUUUGUAUAUUUGUAAACAAACAGAAGUUCUGAUAAAAAGAGAUUUAGUUCAAGAUUCAUUUUUUCAUUCGCGCGAGUCUGUUAAAAUACAGAUGCUACAAUUUGCUCGGCAAAAGUUUGUUUCUCAUUAGAAUUCAGAUCUACGGAUAAAUUCCACAAGAGAAGCUAUCGCUAGAUAGAUUAUACAUAGAAAUACCUUCGUCGGACUAGAUAUUAAGUGUAAUCUCGAUCAACGCUUAAAACAUUACUUUGUUAAAUUACUGAAUUAUCGAUCAUAUUUUCAAUACUACAACUGGCAGUUGUCAAAAUGUGUAUAUGUAGGUAAGCGAUUAAAUUUUUCUGUUUUCAGUU